AUGGCUCUGAAGUGGCAUCCUGAUAGAUGGAGCAAGGACCCAAAGUUUGCACUAGAAGCAAAAAAACGGUUUCAGCACAUUCAAGAGGCUUAUUCAGGUGCUUUAAGUGGACAAAUUGAACGUUUGGAAGAGAAAGAGAUAUAUGAUGCUGGUUUGUUUGGUCUAAUUGGAGAGGAUGAUGAUGAGGUGGGUUUUAUAAAUGGCCUUGAUGAUGCAGAAUAUGAGAAAGGGACGUUGGAGGAUCUGCAAGGAUUGUUAAUGGAUAUGAUGGAAGAUAAUGAAGAGAUAGGCAUGUUUCCCAGCUCCAGGGUGGAGUGGGACAAUGCACAGCCAUUGAUGGAAUUGGUGGCCACUCGCAAUCCAUCUGAUUUAGUCAAGUCUAGCUGUCUACCAACGGAGAAAAGGAAAAGCAUAAGAAUCAAGACCACUGACCUAACAUUUGGAUAUUGGACACCAACCUUUCAACCUUGUUCAUCAAAAUCUAGCUCCUAA